CUGGGAUCGAACCGUCCUUAUUCAACUUGCGUCUUCCCGGCUUAAUCGUUAGUCCGACAUGCAUGCAACUGGCCCACCCCAGUAUAAGCGGCUACAGGCUCUGCGGACGGUGUUAGGACUGGAGACCUCGCAUGCUGAGACAUCUCGCAUACAGUGUGUGCAAGACCCUGUCCGGAUCGGUGCCGGUAGCUACGCCGUGGGGUCGAAGGACCAUGAAAUCGCACAGCGUGACGAUGACGAUCCAGCGGCCGUAAAUCAAUCCAGUGCAAGCCCCAGCCGAACGGCAGACGACUAUCUGAACGGGUGGAGUAAGUGCAACGUCGCAGUUCUCUCGACCAAACUGACGAGAAUCAGCGCUUUAGAGGCCAGCUUGAGGGAACAGAAGCAGUGGAACCAGGAUUUCGAGGAGACUGUGCACCAAAUUCACCAGUCCUUGUUUGGCAGCGGCACUAAAAAGGGUACAACGCACGGCAAGGCUACCAGCUCUUGA